AUGCACGAUUUAAUAAGAGAUAUGGGAAGAGAAAUUGUUCGAGAAAGUUCAGCAAAAGAGCCUGGAAAGCGUAGUAGAUUGUGGUUUCGAGAGGAUGUGCAUGAUAUUUUGACAAAACAGACUGGAGUAGAAACUGUAGAGGGAUUGGUUUUGCAGGUGCAAAGAACCAAUAGAGUUGUCUUAAGUACUGAUUCUUUCAAGGAGAUGAAGAAACUGAGACUUUUACAACUUGAUCAUGCCAUCCUCAUUGGAGAUUAUCGGUAUCUCUCGAAAGAACUGAGAUGGAUUCAUUGGCAAGGAUUUACCUUCAACUAUAUACCCGAUGACUUUUAUCAGGGAAAUCUAGUUGUUAUUAAUGUUAAAUACAGUAGUAUGAAACAAGUGUGGAAUGAAACCAAGUUGUUGGAUAAACUAAAAAUUCUCAAUGUUAGUCAUUCUAAGUACUUGAAAAACACCCCUGAUUUUUCAAAAUUACCGAAUCUAGAAAAGCUCAUUAUGAAGAAUUGUCCAAAUUUGUCCGAGGUACACAAGUCUAUUGGAGAUCUUAGCAAUCUACUUCUGUUGAAUUUGAAAGACUGCACAAAUCUUGGCAAUCUCCCAAAGAAGGUCUAUCAAUUGAAAUCAUUGAAAACUCUUACACUUUCUGGUUGUUCAAAGAUUGACAAGUUGGAAGAAGACAUGGGGCAGAUGGAAUCCUUGACAACACUGAAUGCAAGAGAUACAGCUAUGACUGAAGUUCCGCAUUCAAUACUAAGAUUAAAAAGCAUCGGAUUUAUAUCCCUAUGUGGAUAUGAAGGAUUAUCACGUGAUGUUUUUCCUCGUCUCAUUUGGUCUUGGAUGACGCCAACCACGAAUUCCCUACCCUGUAUAUCUCCAUUUGGAGGCCGUUCAUUGUCACUAGUUUCCUUGGAUGUUUCGAGUAAUAAUAUGGGCUAUCAACUGCCAAUGCUUAGAAACCUUUCAAAACAUAGAAGUGUUUGGAUUCAAUGCCGGUCAGUGAUUCAACUGACCCAAGAGUUAAGAAAUUUUCUAGAUGGUCUAUAUGAUGUAAGUUUUACCAAGUUGGAAACAACAUCACAUGCAUCACUAAUCUUAGACAUUUCGUUGAAAUCGCUUCUGAUUGAGAUGGGAAAUUGUCACAUGGUCAUUAACACUCUUGGCAAGAGCAUAUCACAGGGAUUUGCAAACAAUGAUUCAAGCAACUUUUGCCUUCCAGAUGGCAAUUAUCCUUCUUGGUUAGCCUAUACAUGUGAAGGACCAUCAGUACUAUUUCAAGUUCCUGAGGAUAUUGAUUGUCACAUGAAGGGAAUAGUUCUAUGUGUUGUUUAUUCAUCAACAUCUGAAAACAUGGCAGCUGAAUGUCUUACUAAUGUCUUGAUCAUUAACUACACAAAAUGCACAAUCCAAAUAUACAAGGGAGACACAGUAAUGUCUUUUAAUGACGAAGAUUGGAAGGGUUUAACAUCAAAUCUAGGACCCGGUGACAAUGUGGAGAUUUUUGUAGCUUUUAGGCAUGGAUUGAUUGUUAAAGAGACUGUUGUAUAUCUAAUAUAUAACCACUCAGUUACUGUGGAAACUGAUUCAUCAAUUAACCUGGAAAUGAAGCUAUCGCCGCAAGUGAACUUGCAGCCAUCAUCCGUUGUGAAAAUGGAGCCAUUACUUGAUGUGAAAACGGAACCAUCACAGAAUCCGAAUGCGAAAAUAUUUUCAAGACUUGCAAAGAGAAUUGGAAAAUGCUUAUGCAUAGAACAGAAUAGAGGUCUGAACAAUUUUUGA